GAAGCAUCGUCAGACAGUCAUGGCAAUGGCGGCAGAGAAAUCAACGAAAGAGCGGCUGCUGUCUGUGCUGGAUGAUUUGGAGGUUUUAUCCCGGGAGCUGAUCGAGAUGUUGGCUCUGUCCAGGAGUCAGAAACUGCCCCAGCCGGGAGAGGACACUCAGAUCCUGGAGCUGCUGGUGCAGAGGGACCGGGAGUUUCAGGAGCUGAUGGAGGUGGCGCAGCAGCAGGGGAAGGUGCACCAGGAGAUGCAGCUGUUGGAGAAGGAGGUGGAGAAGAGAGACAGUGAUAUCCAGCAGCUCCAGAAACAGCUGAAGGAGGCUGAACACAUCCUGGCCACGGCUGUUUACCAGGCGAAGGAGAAACUCAAAUCUAUUGACAAAGCCAGGAAAGGAAGCAUCUCUUCAGAAGAGAUCAUCAAGUACGCUCACAGAAUCAGUGCCAGUAACGCUGUGUGUGCGCCUCUCAACUGGGUACCAGGUGAUCCACGCAGACCCUACCCGACCGACCUGGAAAUGCGCAGUGGGAUGCUGGGUCACAUGGCCAACCUGCCGACCAAUGGCGUGAACGGACACCUGCCAGGUGACGCUCUAGCUGCUGGGAGGCUGCCAGACGUGCUGACGCCUCACUACCCCUGGCAGUCCUCGGACGUCUCCGUGGGGAUGCUGCCUCCUCACCACGGCAACGACUUCGGCCUGGAGCCUCCGGGUCACAACAAAGAGAACGAGGACGACGUGGAAGCCAUGUCGACCGACUCCUCCAGCAGCAGCAGUGACUCCGACUGAGACUCUGUGUGUGUGUGUGUGUGUGUGUGUGUGUGUGUGUGUGUGUGUGUGUGUGUGUGUGUGUUCUGUAGGUGGUCGCCUUCAGUGAAACUUUGUUAAGCAUCAUUUGUUGUCAGCUCCACUUCUCAUGAAGACGUGUUAUGUUGUAAGCUCGAUGCCUCUCGUAUCCGUUCGGCCUCAGUUAGCAGCUGGUUAGUGUAUCAUAAAGACAGGAAGCUGGUAUCUUAUCUUUGUCCACAGGUCACACAGUCUGCCUCUGAACUCAUGAACAUGUUGCGUCUUGUUUAUUUAAUCUGACUGUGUAAUUUGUCUCAUUCAUGUACUUUUUACAGACGUGUCUGGGAUUGUGUGACAAAUGGUUUCUAGGUCUGGCAGCCUCAAACUGAUGAGAAGACAGAGCCGGGCUAGCUGUUUGCCCCUGUUUCCUGUCUUUAUGCUAAGCUAAACUAAGCUAACUGGCUCUUCGUACUGACGUACAGACGUGAGCGUGGCGUCAGCGUCCUGAUGGAACUGCAGCAGGAAGUGAAUGAGUGUUUAAUGUUGAACUGUUCCUUUAACCGUCUGAUCUGCACCAGUUUGAGGUUUGAACAGCAGUUUGUGAUUUGUUUGCAUAUAGUUUGAGUAGACUGUGUGCAAAUAAGCACAAAUUAAACAAAAGUAAAACCUAAUGGAGAGAUGAACUGUUGGAGUCAAGACUCUGUGAAGAUCAACCUCACACACACACGUGUGAACAAAUACUGUUAAUGUACCUCUGUGUAAAUAAGCUUGUACAUAC